CUGUUACACGCAUGUAAGCUUGGGCCGUCUCCAUUAGAAAGCAUAGAGUUGUUUGAGCGAGCCCCGACGAAAUUGAACUUCAAUAACACGCUGUCAUUACGGAAAGCUAAUGGGGACGUGCGGCUAAGGAAACUUAGGGACGGAAGGGCCUCACCAACAACGCAUUGCCCCCGAAGAGCUGCCGCGCCCCAACGUCAAGUCAGGACCACUCGGAGAUCGGCUGGAAGAGGACCCCCGGUGGCAAUGAGUGCCAGUGUAGGCAACGCGGCUCAGCAACCCUCCGUGUCUGGCAACGAUUUGCAGCAGAGCAUGAAGGAGUUGACUAUUAAGGAUGAGGAGGCUGGUUCCUCGAACAAGCCACUGCAGAACCCGGCCACAGCGGAGAUUUUUGAAGGGCGACUGAUUGAAGGCGACCUGAAAAGUGGAGGCCAUGUGCUGUCGGCGUCGGCAGGCACUGGGGCAUCACGGCAGACAUACAACUACUCAACAGACCGCGUCGUUGGGAAUGGCUCAUUUGGAGUAGUGUUCCAGGCAACAUGCUUGGAGACGGGCGAGACGGUUGCAAUCAAGAAGGUGCUGCAAGACAAGAGGUUUAAGAAUCGGGAAUUGCAGAUUAUGAAGCUUGUAGACCACCCGAACAUCGUCAAGCUGAAGCACUGCUUCUACUCGCACACUGACAAGGAUGAGACCUACCUGCACCUGGUACUCGAGUUCGUGCCGGAUACCGUCUACCGGAUCAGCAAGCAUUACGCGAAGAACAACCAGCGGAUGCCUAACCUGUUCGUUAAGCUGUACGCAUACCAAAUGUGCCGUGCGCUGAAUUCCAUCCACAAAAUGGGCAUCUGCCACCGCGACAUCAAGCCACAGAACCUCCUUGUGAACACCGAGACACACCAGCUGAAACUCUGCGACUUCGGCAGCGCGAAGGUGUUGAUUAAGGGGGAGCCUAACAUCUCGUACAUCUGCUCACGGUACUACCGUGCGCCGGAGCUCAUCUUCGGCGCCACAGACUACACCAGCGGCAUUGACGUGUGGUCCGUGGGUUGUGUUUUGGCAGAACUUUUGCUUGGUCAGCCCCUCUUCCCCGGUGAGAGCGGCGUGGACCAACUAGUGGAGAUUAUUAAGGUCCUGGGCACCCCCACACGGGAGGAGAUCAACUCUAUGAACCCCAACUAUACGGAGUUCAAGUUCCCGCAAAUUAAGGCGCACCCUUGGACGAAGGUGUUCAGCAAGCGCAUGCCACCCGACGCAGUGGACCUGGUUUCAAAAUUGCUGCAGUACGCGCCACAAAAGCGUAUGACGGCUAUCCAGGCCAUGACCCACCCGUUCUUUGACGAAUUGCGGGAUCCGAACACCCGCCUUCCUAACGGCCGGUCUCUCCCGCCGUUAUUCAACUGGCUUCCGGGCGAGCUGGACGAGGUGCCUGCGGACAUCGUCCGCAAGCUCCAGCCCGCGGUGAAGACCACGUGAACAUCGCCAGAGCGAGUGGUCACAUUGUCGGUGCAAAAGCUGUCGUACAUGUACUGGAUGUAGAUGAGCAUGGAGACAUAGAGGAGAAGCCGGGUAGUAAUAAGGGAUUGGAACAGCGUUUGGCAGUGUGCAUGACGAGGUAAAUAGUUGGCAGCGGGGCUAGGGUUUCCGUGCUGGGUUGUGCAGGACUAACAGUCCGUCUCAAAUACGUUGUUGAACAGCGAGGGAGUUUGAUUUUUCUUUGGGUUUGGGUUUUUGGCUGCGGGCGUGCGGGAGUUUGUUACAUGACUGUACCAACGAAUGAUGCGUUGCGAGUUUUCGCGGCUGCCGCAACUGGGUGUUCCGUGUUGGUCGGUCUGUGUCAAAUGGACACUUAAGUUGUGGCGAAAUGUGGUAUAGAUGUGUGCAGCCGCAGGCUGGUCUCGUGAUCUAUUUGAAACCAUCGGCCGUAUGGCGUUGACGCUAAUGUGUCUGCCGGUCUAAAUUUUGUGUGCUUGUGUUAAGGUUAUUGCGCGAGAUAACAUUUCUUUGUUACAAGGUUUGGGAAAAGUACAUAUGUCCAGGAACAUCAUUCGACAACCAGGAACAUGUGAAUAAUUGAAAAAUCAUGUGUCCUAUUAACAGAUGCAAAUGUCAAUGUCCCCUCCUGCCUUGGUAAACUUGAGAUAAUGUCAACAGCAUUCCGAUGCAGAAUAGCCCUACAUCUCCUGUCAGCGCGGCAUUUUACAUGUGUCAAUGACCAUCUCAACGGCAGAUUCUGUCUUCAUCAUGCCAAAACCUUGGCGGGCGACUUGCUAACCUUGAUGCCGUUGAUAGCAUCGCGGUACGACUUUGCCUUGAACACAGCAGAACCGGCAACAAUGGCGUUGGCACCCGCGUCAAUGACCUUGUAGGCGUUCUCCGGGGUCACACCGCCGUCGACCUCAAUCCAUGGGUUGACACCCUUCUCGAGGCACAUGGCCUUGAGCGCACGGAUCUUGGCGACCUGGCUCUCGAUGAACUUUUGCCCGCCGAAGCCCGGGUUCACCGACAUAAUGAGCACAAGGUCGACUACAUCUAGGAUCUCCUCAAUAGCAGAGAGGCUGGUGCCAGGGUUGAGAACCACACCAGCCUUGCAGCCCAGGUCCUUGACUUGAUUGAGGGUGCGGUGAAGGUGGAUAGUCGAAGACUGCUCGGCAUGCACGGAGAUGAUAUCAGCGCCUGCCUUGGCGAAGUCGGGGAUGCGGAGUUCGGGCUCCACAAUCAUCAGGUGCACAUCCAGGACCUUGUCUGUCACAGGGCGCAGGGCCUCAACGACCAGGGGACCAAUGGUGAUGUUGGGCACGAAGCGUCCGUCCAUAACGUCUACGUGCACCCAGUCGCAGCCAGCCUGGUCGAUAGCGCGCACCUCCUCGCCCAGGCGCGCAAAGUCCGCCGACAGAAUUGAGGGAGACACAAUAAUAUCAGUCUUCUUGCACUGGUCCACGCGGUGUGUAGCCUGCACGCGAACGACGCUGCGCGACGGCUUAGCCGCGCGAGCGCCCACGGCCUUCAGAGGGAUGCGCAUGUUCAGGGCCAUUGUGAUCUGUGAUAAGUUAACAGCGGCUAAGAUCAGCGCAG